AUGGAGAUAACAAGAGGAAGAGCAGUGGUAGAGGCGACAGUGGUAGAGAUCAUUGCGAGAUUACCAUUGAGAAGCAUCGCGAGAUUCAAAUCUGUGUGCAAACAAUGGAGAUCGUUAAUCGAAUCUUCCUACUUCCGAUGUCUCUUCGUCUCUCUCCACAGAAACUCAUCUUCCUCUUGGUCUCUCAUGUUCGGAGCCGAUUAUCCUCAUCCCAUCACAGAAGCUAUAGGCUUCCAUGGAUGCGAUACUUGGGAUCUCCCCAAAUCUCUAGGCUCUUACAUCAUUCCUUUUCGACUGUAUCCGAAUCUCCCAACCUCUAGAUACUUCUAUGUAGCUUCUUCCAACGGAUUGAUCUGGAUCAAUGCAUUCUUCAAUCGCACCGAGAACUUGGCCUACAGUUACAAAUCCUUCGUGGGUAAUCCGGUUUUACAACAAUGGGUUGAAAUCCCUCCGCCUCCAGAGCAAAGUGUCGCCACCGGUUUGGUGACGCGUGUCGAGAACGGCGUCGUUUCAGGUUUCAAAGUGGUUAGGACCGUUGACACUGGUCGAAAGAUGGAAAGAUUCAUGGGAAUGUAUGUGUGGAGAGUGUGUGUGUAUUCCUCCGAGACAGGUUUAUGGAGUUUCAAGCGUCUUCUUUCUUCUCAUCCCGUUAAAUACACUGGUUCUUACCCUCCGGUGAAUCUCAACGGGACGCUUUAUCUCCGGGAAAGAGGUUUGGAUCAUCCUACUGAUGAAGCUGGUUUUCUUGUAGCUCACGACUUCUAUGGCCCUGAAGACGAUGAUCAAUGCCGGGUUAUACCUCUUCUUGUACCGGAUAACAAACACGUUAGGAGAUGCUUGACUACGUCAGGAGGAGAUGUUAUCUACAUUGAAACACUUCACCGAAGAUUGAAGAUUUGGAGGCUGAACAACAACUUUGAGAGCGGUGAAUGUUGGCAGCUGUCACGGGAAGAAAUCGACAUGGCUUCUGUUGGAUUCGAUGUUGAUUGUUUCCCCAUGGCAAUGAAUCCGUUUGAUACUGAUAUCGUCUAUCUAUGGAGCCAACAGCACGAGUGUUUGGUGUCUGGUGACUUACGGAAACAAGAGUUUAUUGUUCAUCAAGAAUCAGAGAAUUGGAGUGAUAGUGGAGGUUCUUGGCGCAUCAACACAUAUAACUCUAAAGGGUAUGUGGAAGAUAAUCGCAAUGUAACAAGGGUCAUCAUGUUAUCCCAGUUUGUGCUCCAACGAUGGAUGGAUUCAGUGCCUCGUCCACCGAAUUGA